AUGAACGCAGAGAUUGAAGCUGCAGUUGCCAAUUGUACAGUAUGCUGUGAGAAACAGAGAUCAAACAGCAAGGAACCACUACAGCCACAUGAAAUACCAUGCCGUCCCUGGCAGAAGGUGUGUGCAGACCUGUUCACUUGGAACAACAAAGAGUACAUCGUUCUGGCUGACUACUACAGUCGUUUCUUCGAAAUAGACCAGCUCAGAAGCCUGUCUUCAUCAGCAGUGAUCCGCAAGUUAUCCGUCAACUUUGCACGUCAUGGGAUCCCUGAAAUCCUGAUGAGUGACAACGGUCCACAAUUUGCAUCAGCUGAAUUUGCAGACUUCGCCAGCAGAUGGGACUUCAAACAUAUUACAUCAAGCCCCAGAUAUCCUCAGUCCAAUGGACUAGCUGAAAAGUGUGUGCAAAUAUCGAAGAACAUUCUGGACAAAACAUACAAGGAUGGCAUUGAUCCACUCCUUGCACUGCUAGAAUAUCGGACAACACCAGUUGACAACUUGGCUUCGCCCGCGCAACUUCUGAUGAGCCGACGUCUGCGGUCAGUGCUUCCCACCACUGGCAAACAACUUCAGCCCAAAGUUGUCGAACCUGCCGAUGUGUGUGCAAGACGCGAACAAGUUCAGUCCCGUCAGAAACUGUUCUAUGACCGAGCCGCCAGGAAUCUGCCACCGCUUCAAAUGAAUGACAGUAUCUAUUUGCAGACCGCUGACAAAACCUGGAAGCCAGCCCAGAUCACCAGAGUAGAUCCAAAUCGCUCAUACCAAGUGCAGACAGCAGAUGGUGCCCAAUAUCAACGCAACAGGCGCCACCUAAGACACACACCAAUGAGAAACCCCAGCAGCAAUGCCGAUGAUACACCAACGGACUUAACAUCAGUGCCACUCCAGAAGGUGACAGCAUCAACAUCGUCCAAACCAACACCGUCCAAACCAAUGACUGUUACCAGAUCUGGAAGAGUCGUAAGAGCUCCUCAAAAGUUGAACCUAUAG